CCCAAGAGAGGGUAGACUCUUGAGAGAGAUGUUGAGAACCUUGUUAUUUAGGAUCUUCUCUUUGGGCUCCCUGAAAUGUUUGGCGGAAUUUGGUUAUGCUCCAGGGACCUCCUAGGAAGAAGGAAGGAAGGGAAUGUGGUAUUGUUAUCUCUGUUAUUUUUGAAAUUCUCCUGUCUUGUAGUGCCGAGGCCUCUUACAAGGUAGAAACUGAACCUCCAGAAUCUUUCUGGUGGUCUUAGGAGCCCUGAGGUGUGAAUGGCUGGUGGAAUUAAGUUCCUGACCACCCACCCCAUCCCCACCCCUUCCCUUGCCUGCCCCAGAAAACUUUGAGCAGCUUUGCUGAUGUCAGCAGCACCCAUGCUGCCAGGUGUGGGCAGCUGUGGGCCUGCAUGGAGGAGCCAAAGCAGGAUGGAAAUGUCCUGCUUCAGGACGGAAGUCAGGAUGAAGAGCCUGCAGUUCAGUGCACCUCUUCCCACACCCAGCAUCCAUGUUGUGACGUGGAACGUGGCCUCUGCAGCACCUCCUCUAGACCUCAGUGAUCUUCUUCAGCUCAACAAAGAGAACCUGAGUGUGGACAUGUAUGUCAUUGGUUUGCAGGAAAUGAACUGUGGGAUCAUGAGCCUCCUUUCUGACACUGCCUUUGAAGACCCAUGGAGCAGUUUCUUCAUGGAUGUGCUUUCCCCUCUGACCUUCGUCAAGGUCUCCAGUGUCCGCAUGCAGGGGCUCCUCUUACUCUUCUUUGCCAAGCAUCAGCAUUUGCCCUUUGUCCAGAUCCUCUCUACUAAAUCCACCCCCACUGGCCUCUUCGGGUACUGGGGGAACAAAGGGGGCAUCAACAUCUGCCUGAAGCUUUAUGGCUACUAUGUCAGCAUCAUCAACUGCCACCUCCCCCCCCACAUGGCCAACAAUGACCAGCGGCUGCAGCACUUUGACCGGAUCCUGGAGAUGCAAAAUUUUGAGGGGCAGAACAUCCCCAACAUCCUGGACCAUGACCUCAUUCUCUGGUUUGGAGACAUGAACUUUCGGAUCGAGGACUUUGGGCUGCAUUUUGUUCGGGAAUCCAUAAAAAAUCAGUGCUACAGUGACCUGUGGGAGAAGGAUCAGCUCAGCAUUGCCAAGAAACACGACCCGCUGCUCCGGGAGUUCCAGGAGGGCCCUCUGCUCUUCCCGCCCACCUACAAGUUUGAUAAGAACUCCAACAACUACGAUACCAGUGAGAAAAAACGCAAGCCCGCAUGGACCGACCGCAUCCUGUGGAGGUUGAAGCGGCAGCCCCAGGCCAACCCCCACACCCCGAGACUGCCAGCCCCCGACUUCUGCCUGACCCUGAGGAGCUACGUCAGCCACAUGGUGUACUGCAUCAGUGACCAUAAGCCUGUCACCAGCACCUUUGACUUGGAGCUGAAGCCAUUGGUGUCUGCCCCAUUGAUCACCCUGAUACCUGAGGGCCUGUGGACCAUGGAAAACGACAUGUUGAUCAGCUACUCCUUGACCCCAGACUUUCUCAGCAGCCCCUGGGACUGGAUUGGACUAUACAAGGUGGGGCUGCGCCACAUUAAUGACUACGUGUCCUAUGUCUGGGUCAGGGACAACCAGGUCUCCUUCAACGAUGGGCUGAGCCAGGUAUACUUCAAUGUCAGCAAUAUCCCCGAGACUGAGGACCAGUUUCUCCUCUGUUACUAUAGCAACAGUCUACAUUCUGUGGUGGGGAUAAGCAAACCCUUCAAGAUCCAGCCUGGCUCCUCCUUGGCAGAGGACCUACUGGGUGAAGCCCAACCACAUAUCUGAGCCCGGAUGAGAGUGGAUCCAGGGCGGAGGCCAGAGCUGGCAGCCAGCUCUGCCUACCACUGCCAGGAGCGCUGGGGGCCCAGCCCCCAGAAGAGGCAGCAGGUACCCUCCACCUCCCAGGGGGAGCUCUCGCCACACUCCUAUGCUCUCUCUCCAGUCCAGAUCUCUGGAAUUGGCCACUUGAAUACAGGUUUUUGUUGCUGAGAUGUGAGUGCAACCAGCUGGUUUGUCAGCAGUGAAGACCUGGGACAGUCCACUGGCUGUGGGGAGACCCUCCAGCCUGCAUCUCGUUUCUUGAUUUUCCCCACACACACUUCCAGUUCCGCCCAAGCAGGCCUGCCAGGCACAUGCCCCAUCUGGCACAGGCCUGCAUUCUUGUCACGCCAUCCUGGGCCUCAGGCUGCCUGGGCGGCGGAGGGGAAGAGAUGCUCACAUUUGCACAGGCUCUGUAGACUGGUUGGCACAAGCAGCCCUGGGUUCCAGGAGUCUUGGCAUCUCAUUGCCUGUCCCCCUGAGGGAUAGGCAGAGGGCCUGGGGUCCCUGCUUUCAGCAAGGACUAAGUGGGUGGGAUGGAGGGGCCCCUUCACCCAGGCUCUCAUGUAGAUGUUGUGGGCAAGACGAUGACUGUCCUGCUGCCAGUACCCCCACCCCAGGAUGUCCCAGGGCCGGAGCAGAAGAUUGAACCCAGGUUCACUUCUGCUGGUGGGUCAGGCGCCAUGCCCCAACCUGUCCUCUUGUGAAGGCACAGACUUUUCCAGGGUGUUCCUCGCCCAUUCGUGCUCAUCUGCCCCUACCCUUGCUGCGGUCACUGGCCAGAAACCUGCCCUCUCUCUAGAGUGCCCUAGCACCCAGAAGCGGAGGCCGGCAGAGAAGAGAGCCAGAAUCUAGAUGUUGGAGAAUCUGACCUUGAGGGUGUUCAGAGAGCAUUCUCUAGGUGCUGUGUGGGCACUCAGUCCCACCUCCCACCACUUGCCUCCAGCCACUGGUGAUUCAACGGCCCUUCUCCCAGGAGAAGACACCUCAGGGAGCCUGCUCUGUGACCAUGAUGCCCAUCCUAUGACUUGAGACUGAGGGACGCUGCAGUUGCUCUAUGAUCCAUACUCCACCCUGGGAGCCGUGUGUACCAUGAAGAACUGUCCCCCUGGCUGCUAGCGGGCCAUGGCUGUCUGUGCUCUGUGUCUGUUGUGUUGGGGGAUAAUUAGAAACAUGACUUUUACGCUUGUGUGUGA